UUUUUAUCAAACGAACGUUAAUAGCGGACGAACGAUUCUUUUCAACGUUGAUUAAAACUUUACUAAAAAUCAUUGCAAAAAAUGGAUUUAAGGGAGCUAUUUCUUAGUUGUCGAACUGGAAAUUUAAAAAAGAUCAAGUAUCUAGUAGAACAUAAGGAGGUCGAUCUAAACGUUCGAGACAGGUGGGAUAGUACACCUUUGUACUAUGCAUGCCUUUGUGGUCAUGUAGAACUAGCUGAGUAUCUGUUGGAUUCUGGAGCUCGCUGUGAAGCUCAAACAUUUGAUGGAGAACGAAUUCUCUAUGGUGCAUUGACAAAUGAAAUCCGCAAUAAGUUAAAGAAUUAUAAAGUAAUUUCGUCUUCUGUUGUGGUUCGUGAUGAAUAUGAAGAGUUCCUGAGAAAGUUGCUUGAUUUGGGAGACUAUAGUGAUUUUUCAUUCUAUCUACAAGGGGAAAAAAUUGCUGUACACCGUUUCAUUCUGGCUGCAAGGUCUCCUUAUUUUAGUGAAGCAUUUAAAAAAAGGUGGACCUUAAAACGGACAGUGAAACUUCAAAAUAAACUGGUUGACCUAGCUGCAUUUAAAUCCAUAAUUCAGUACUUGUAUAGUGGACGCCUUAAUACACUACUAGACGAAGUAGACGAAUGCAUGCGCUUAGCUAUGCAGUGCCGCCUUCCUACUUUGAAAGAUCGCUUGGAAGAAGCUAGAAAGCGUGUCACAUCUUUCGCUGACAGCAAACCGGGAACAAAGGUAAAAGUCCUGUCGCUGGAGCCGAAAGAAUUUCAGGCAGAAAUACAGCGGGAUUUGGGUCAAUUGGCGAAACAAGCAAUUCCAUCCGGCUUAAUCACGAACGAUUUCUUCAUCCAAAGUCCUCUUGAACUGCCCAAUCUCACUGACGUCUGUUUCGUCGUUGGUCAUCAAAAAUUCUUAUGUCAUAAAGCUGCCUUUGUUGGACGAAGCGAGUACUUCAGAGCUUUGUUUCGGAAUCACUUUAAAGAAACUUCGCGUACCGAGUUAUGCAAAGGAUCCAUAAAUUCUAGAGAUGAAGAAACACUAGAAGAUUCAGAAGUUGAACGCGUGAUGCUACGCAACGUAACGCCAGAGGUGUUUGCACAAGUGGUAUAUUACGUCUACUCUAACUCUGCUCAGCUCACCGUGGAUAAUGUUUACGAACUUCUGAACAUUGGUGAGUUGUACUUGAUGCCUGGUUUGAAGAAACUUUGCGCGAAUUUCUUGAUCAGUGUAAUCGACUCCCAGAAUGUCGUCAGCCUCAUUAAAGUGUCUAGGAUUUACAAUUUACCUCGUAUUGAAGUCUUCUGCAUUGAAUUCGUCGCCAAGAACCUUGAGGAAAUAGUGGAUUUAGAAAAUUUUCACCGACUUAUUCUUGAAGAUGCAUUUGAAGUAAAAGGCCGUCAGGAGAUGGACACGAUCGCAGUCAUUGAUGAUUUACGGUAUCACGUUGAUCUUUUGCACCAAAGCUCGCCCAUCGCCUACGAGAAACAUCAAAUAAUUGAUCGAUUGCUGCAAAAUUUGAAUUUAGAAGCAUGAACAACUUCUUUUAUAUGUAGAUUUAAAUGAAGAGGGAA